UUUUGGCAGACGCUGAGCCGAGGUCUCGCACAGAUACGACUACUGCACCAUCCGCAGUUACGGCCCGCCCACGGUCAUGGACACCAAGUGCUCGAGCGGCGGCGACUGCGAGCUGCUGCACAUGUCGCGCCUGCAGGCCGACGGGCUUGUACACGAGCCAGGAGUGGUCGCUCACUGUGCGGCUGCCCACGGCGCCCUCCGUGCCGCGGCGCGCGGUGCCGCCGAUGGACAUCCCGCGCCGCGAGUUCUGGCUGCAGAACGUCGCCUCGGGCGCGUACGCAACGGCGACGGGGCUGGAGGACAAGAUGGACGACGCGAACGUCGUGCUCGAGGCGGACGCCCGCGCGCGCCGGCACGUGGCACUUUGUCUUCAGCACGAAGGCCCUCGCGACCGCCAGCACAUGUGGCGCGCGGUCUCGCGGCGCGGCGAGCCGCACCACACGGGUGUCGUGGACACGGCGUGCGACAACCCGGCGUGCCUCUGGCGGCUCGUCGAUCCGUGCACGGGCGAGCAGUGCAGCGUGUUGUACGAUGCGGCGGUCAGCGUCUCGCCGCCCGAGAGUGCGGGGCCCGAGGAGGAGGGGGCGCAGCAGGUGCAGGCGGUACCGCCGCGGUUGCUCCUGAGGACGCAGGACGCGCCGGCGGAGGUCGCGGAGUGCUUUGCUGAAAGCCUCAAGAUGGAGCGUGAUCUCAUACGUGGGAUGCUUGAGAGCGGGCUCGGCCCGCAGCUCGUUGUGGGCUGGAAGAACGGGAUGGUAUCGAAGACGUACCUCCAGGACGAGGAGUCGGUGUUUGGAAUGCCGAAGUUCAAGGGGAGAGAGGAUUUUGAGCCAUGUCCGUCAUGA